AUGUACCUGUUUUACAAGCUGCACUAUGUUGGAACAUUAAAAGAUAUAGUUCGUUAUCGAUGUCAAACAAUAAAACAGGUUAUGGUCAAUGCUCAAAUUGAACCAAGCAAAGAACAGAUACGAUUAUUCGAGAAGUUUGAAAAUACAACGACGAAUGCUAAUUCGAAUUUAUUACUAUCAAUUGAACAAGAUGCAAUUAUUAAUUCACCGACACUUAUUUCUUAA